AUGCUGUGCAAACGGGUCCUGUCCAUCCCCAGGACCGGGAUCGCCGCGUCUUGGGCUUCAGUCGCAGUGCAGACUCGAGGGCAGAGCACCACAGCUUCCUCCUCAACACGAGCGAGCCCCGCACUAUCCGAGAUUCCUCCGCCUCACCCGCACCAUGCUUCCUCCGAGGCCUCCGCUAGGGUCACCGCACUCAAGUCUGCGAAACCGUUCUCAGAGUUCUUAACGGACACCUUCCAUCGACAACAUGAUUACCUCCGAAUCAGCGUCACGGAACGAUGCAACCUGCGUUGCCUGUACUGUAUGCCAGAAGAAGGGAUCGAGCUAUCGCCACCCGCGCGGCUGCUCACUUCCCCGGAGAUUGUCUACCUAUCAUCGCUCUUCGUCUCGCAAGGGGUGACCAAGAUCCGCCUGACGGGUGGAGAGCCCACCGUGCGCAAGGACAUUGUGCCCUUGAUGCAGGACAUCGGCAAGCUACGACGGGAUGGCCUGCGUGAGCUCUGCUUGACUACGAAUGGCAUCUCACUGCACCGCAAGCUCGAUUCCAUGGUGGAAGCCGGGUUGACCGGCGUCAACCUGAGCUUAGACACCUUGGAUCCCUUCCAAUUCCAAAUCAUGACGCGACGCAAGGGCUUCGAUGCCGUGAUGAAGAGUAUCGACCGGAUUUUGGAGAUGAACAAGGCUGGUGCGGGCAUCAAGUUAAAGAUCAACUGCGUGGUGAUGCGCGGGAUGAAUGACCGCGAGAUUGUGCCCUUUGUCGAAAUGGGUCGCGAGAAACCCAUCGAGGUGCGGUUUAUCGAGUACAUGCCAUUCGGCGGGAACAAAUGGAACAAAGGCAAGAUGUUCUCCUACCAGGAGAUGCUCGCCGUGAUUCGGGAAAAGUAUCCGACGUUGGAAAAAGUGCAAGACCACAAGAACGACACAAGCAAGACAUAUCAAGUACCGGGAUUCGAAGGGCGGGUGGGAUUCAUCACGAGUAUGACCCAUAAUUUCUGCGGCACCUGCAACCGCUUGCGGAUUACUAGCGAUGGAAAUUUAAAAGUCUGUCUGUUUGGAAAUGCAGAGGUCUCUCUACGGGACAUCAUCCGGAAAGAGAAUGAUGGACAGCCCAUUGACGAAGCCGCCGCGAAGCAACUUCAACUUCUAGAGACCGUCCAGGCCGCAGCUCGCCUGAGUGAUGCAGGUGAACUGGUCAACGAACGAGAACGCCAGAUUCUCGACAUCAUCGGGAUGGCCGUGAAACGCAAGAAGGCCAAGCACGCCGGAAUGGGCCAGUUGGAGAAUAUGAAGAACCGGCCCAUGAUUCUUAUCGAUAGUAAACCAGCGCUGCCAGGACUAGGAUUCUCGAGUAGAUCCCGGACAACCUCGUCCUCUGCCUGGGCAAAGAUUCCUCCAUAUAUACUUCCCCUUUCGCGUGGCUCCUUGCAAGCCCGCCUCUAUCACACCAAGGAGUCUACCCUCGAUCAUCAACCCUCUUCACAAUCCACCGAGUCAACCCUCCACGAGGAAACCCGCAAAUCCCACGCUCUCCCCACCGCAUCCGACCCGGACCUUCCACACCUCACCCCCUCCCAAACGGUACACAUGACCCAAAUCACCUCCAAACCCGAAACCAAACGUAUCGCCACCGCAGCCUGCACCGUUCACUUCUCCAACGCCCGCCCCUGGGCCCUCCUCCGCAAAGGCCAAGGUACUCACAAAGGCGACGUCUUCAGCGUCGCCCGCAUUGCGGGCAUCAUGGCCGCCAAGAAGACGCCCGACCUCGUUCCACUUUGCCACCCGGGCAUUGGGAUUACGGGCGUGGAAGUGAGCGUGGAGCUGGAGGGGCCUGCCGGGGAGAGUGCGGAUAAUCAUGGUUGUAUGAAGAUUCUGGCGACGGUUAGUUGUUUUGGGAGGACGGGGGUGGAGAUGGAGGCUAUGACUGCUGCGAUGGGUGCUGGGUUGACGGUGUAUGAUAUGUUGAAGGCUGUCGACAAGGGGAUGGUUAUUGGGGAAGUACGGUUGUUGGAGAAGGUUGGGGGGAAGAGUGGGCAUUGGCGGAGGGAAGAGUAG